AUGGAGGGCGUGCGGCCGGGCGGGGGGCCCCCCGCGGGCGGGCCGGGGUCCGGCUCGGGGUCCGGGUCUGCGUCCUUCCCGUCGCUGUUCCCGCCGGGGCUGCACGGUAUCUACGGCGAAUGCCGCCGCCUCUAUCCCGACCAGCCCAACCCGCUCCAGGUCACCGCCAUCCUCAAAUACUGGUUGGGAGGACCUGACCCUCUGGACUAUGUUAGCAUGUACAGAAACCUGGGAAACCCAGCACUGAAUGUUCCUGAGCACUGGCACUACGUCAGCUUUGGGUUAAGUGACUUGUAUGGAGACAACAGAGUACAUGAGUUUACAGGAACAGAUGGACCGAGUGGUUUUGGGUUUGAGCUGACGUUCCGGCUGAAGAGGGAGACGGGGGAGUCGGCGCCGCCCACCUGGCCUGCAGAGCUGAUGCAAGGCUUGGCCAGAUACGUCUUCCAGUCAGAAAACACCUUUUGCAGCGGUGACCACGUCUCGUGGCACAGCCCUUUGGACAACAGUGAGUCUCGAAUCCAGCACAUGCUGCUGACAGAAGACCCCCAGAUGCAGCCCGUGCAGACUCCUUUUGGGGUGGUCACUUUCCUGCAGAUUGUUGGGGUUUGCACUGAGGAACUGCAUGCAGCUCAGCAGUGGAAUGGUCAAGGGAUUCUGGAACUGCUUCGGACUGUCCCAGUAGCUGGAGGCCCCUGGCUGAUAACAGACAUGCGAAGAGGAGAGACCAUAUUCGAGAUUGACCCACAUCUGCAACAGGAGAGAGUCGACAAAGGGAUUGAGACAGAUGGCUCAAACCUGAGUGGAGUGAGUGCCAAAUGUGCCUGGGAUGACCUGAGCCGGCCACCGGAGGAUGAUGAAGACAGCAGGAGCAUUUGCAUUGGGACCCAGCCUCGGCGGCUCUCUGGGAAAGAUACAGAGCAAAUCAGGGAGACUUUGCGGAGAGGGCUUGAGAUUAACAGCAAACCUGUCCUACCUCCAAUCAAUGCACAAAGACAGAAUGGGUUGAACCUCGACCGAGCACCAAGCCGUAAGGACAGUUUGGAAAGCGAGAGCUCAGCAGCCAUCAUUCCUCACGAGCUGAUCCGCACGAGGCAGCUGGAGAGCGUGCACCUGAAAUUCAACCAGGAGUCCGGAGCGCUCAUCCCGCUCUGCCUAAGGGGAAGGCUCUUACAUGGACGGCACUUUACAUAUAAAAGUAUUACAGGAGAUACAGCAAUCACAUUUGUAUCAACGGGAGUAGAAGGAGCCUUUGCUACAGAGGAGCACCCCUAUGCAGCCCAUGGACCUUGGUUACAAAUCCUAUUGACUGAAGAGUUCGUAGAGAGAAUGCUGGAAGAUUUAGAAGAUCUGAAUUCUCCAGAGGAAUUUAAACUUCCAAAGGAGUACAGCUGGCCUGAAAAGAAACUGAAAGUUUCCAUCUUGCCAGAUGCCGUGUUCGACAACCCACUGCAUUAGAGCUGAAUUACACUAUUCUAACAACUGGGAGAGCCAAGUUACUGUCCAUUACCCAGUGACUCACAGGAUAAUUAAUGCAGUAAAAACUCUGCCUGCAAAUAAAAAGAGUUUGCUGCACAACCACUGCAAACAGAAGAGGAGCUACUCAGCACCAGCCCAGACCGAACUGAGCCCUUUCCUUUAUCCUUCCCAAGGCUGAACUCUCUGGGAGCAGCCUGCGUAUGUGUGAGUGCGAGUGAGAAAUAUUUAACUAUGAAAAUUAGUAGUAAGGAUCCUUUCUCUCUCCUAGCUGCAGAACUCCCCUCUGCCUUAGCCCAGGGUGUAGACGCUCUGCACGCCUGUAUUUACACAUACAUUUCUGCCAGGUGCGAGCCUAUAAUCCGUGGAUUAAAUGUUCUUUACGUGACUCUGGAGUCCUUUUGUUAGCCAAACUUUUACUGACUGCAGAACUGUUCUUCCAUGUGCUAUUUUUUUUUUCUUUUUAGAAACGGAAUGGUAUUUCCCCUGUUUAAAGGAGGCCAAAAGCUCACAUGCUUGAAGCUGAACAGAUUUAAAGAUGAACUUUCUAGUUCAGUCAAGAAAAACAAAUCCAGAUCCUCCCUGCCCUCAAAUUAGGCAUGUUUUAAGUGUUGGUCUUGGUGCUAUUAGCUAUGGUAUCACUGCAAACAGAGGCAACUUUAUUCUCGUGCAUCCUGUCCUUGUGCCUGAACCCCAGGGAAGGUCGCAACCUCUGGUUUUGCACAAGCAGGAGGAAGAAAGCUACCGGGGCGGGGGAGAUCUCCUGUUUACAGUGUGUUUAUCUUUAAAGAGAUACUGUCAAGUAUUUUUUCCUUGCUAUUGUACAGAAUUUGAGAAGCUAGAAAGGACAUUUGUUCACAGGGACAACUUCAGCAGCUCUGCAGGACCGGGGGGCUGCUUGAAAGCAUGUGAACUGGAGAUCUCUGCUGCCCUGGCACAGCAGAAAGGAGUCUCAGCCUCAAUGAAGCCAACUAUUCUCCCUGUUCCAGGAGGGUUGUGUCCUAGUGCAGCUCCAUUUUCCCCUCUAGCCUCGCUGUGGUGGCUCUUGUUGCUGACCUUCCUCCUUUCAGAUGGGUUUGAAUUGUAAAGCAUCAAAACCAGUUUGAAAAGACACUCUCUAGAUCUCUGUGGCUUCCUCCUUGGAGCAAAAGGAGCGUGCAGAGGAGCUGGUCUCUGCAGUGCCAGGUUGUGUCUCUGCAUCAGCUGCUGGCCCUGUGGAUACCUGCAGCAAACACCGCAGCUUUACCCCCUGCUGCUGCUGCUGCUGCAGGGUGUUUCUGAUGCAUAUUCCCCAGCCUUCCUCUGCCCAUUGUCUUUUGGUGACAACUCUUCACUCCUUGUCGGGGGAGGUGCAGCUUUCCUUACACCCCUUUCUGCCUGCAAGAUAACUGGUGGUUUAUGCGCACUUGCUGUGUGAUCCUAAUGCAAGUACAACAAAAGCUUUUAACACUUAACUCCCCUGAUCAAACAGCAAAGUCCAGGAGGCCUCACAGUGCCCUGGGGUCGGUUUUCUGUUUGUUUUCUGAUUUAAUUUCUUCCCAGCACAGUCAGCUUUGAUGUUUUCUGCAUAUAUUUGAGGCUGGUUAAUGUUGGUCAAGAAGCAGAGCUAGGAGCCACAAAGCUUUCCUUGGACUUGCUACAGAAUUCCUCUGUGGCCUCAGGCAAGUCACUCAAUGUCUCUCUGUGCAGAGAGGGUGACUAUUGACUAGAGGGCUGUAGGACCUACCGAAGCAUGCCAGGGUUUGCAGGGGAGGGCGUGCUUUGUGUACAAAGUAGUAUUUGUAUUAUUAUAAUUGUUUUUAUAUUAUAAUUUAAGGCAGGCCAAAUGCAGGGUCCAACACUGCUCUGCAGAACCUUCCUUUCUGCAAAGCAAUGAAAGCAAUUUACAUGUAAAUGAGUUUGUCAUUUUGUCUGAACUCAGAGGAUCAUCUUAAAAUCCUGCUGUGAAAGAGCAAACUUUCAGAUAUCUGCAUGUGCCAGCCAGAGUGAUUUCUGUGCUGUGGCAGGCUGCAUUCAUCCAUGGGAUCUCUUGGCCAGUUUUCAUUGUCCUGGUUAGCACUGAGCAUCCCUUCUGCACUGUAGAUGUAUGUGCAAGGGACAGCAUGGGUGGGAAAGUGCCAUGAAAACCUACCAGUCCAGCUUCAAGAACACUGUGCCCAAGUGUCCCACCACAAGAUAAUGGGCAAACAGAUAAUUGUGGCAGUGGGGAAAAGGCAAGGGCAGCAAUUACAAUUUUGUCCCAAAGCCAUCCAACAGUAGCCCAUGGAUGCUCUUGCACGAGCUUGCUGGGGGUGCUGCAGCAGAGCUGGCCUGUUGCCACGAUGCUGGCUGCUCUUCCUUGUUUCCAGAUGCUAGCUCUCAUUAAAAGGAGUUUAAAAUCCACAUCUUGGUGGAGAAGGGACAUUUGGAAGGUCAAUUGUUGCUAUUCCUGCAGAGAUCAGCACGGGGCAGAGAGAAGUCCAUCAGACCCUCUCUGGGCCCUGACACACAUCUGGAAAGCUUGGGACCUCCUGCGCUAUGAACUCUUGGAGCCUUCACGGCAGGGAUCUGGUGCUGUAUGCAGGGAAAGCACCUCCUCCAAGCUGGCUCGUGCUCCAGUUCUGCCUUUCUCAUGCAAGUGUUUUCCUCACUGUAUUUACUCUCAUCAGAUGCUCUAGGCUGGGUUUCCAUUGACUUCGGAGGGAGCACGCUGAAUGCAUGUGAUAAUCCACCCAGUAUCCUUGUGUGUGUGUGUAUUUUUGUUCCAUGUCAUGUAUUUAUAUAUAGUUCUGUGUAUUUGAGUUAUGAACAGGUGGCAUGCCAGAAAUGUCUAUUUCUGAGACACUUUCUCACAGAUCUUUGCUGGUAGCCAGAUAACAAUUGAGGGGGGAAGGCUUGAAGGGAAGGAAGUGAAAUCUUCCUAUUUAGGUAAGGGGGGAAAUAUUAGACAAAUAAUUGCUAAAAUAGAAUUCUGUGUCUUAUUGUUAGAGCAGCUAUGAGAACCUGGUGAAAGUCAGCCCUUAAGCUCCCUGGUCAUGUUGCUGCCUCUCAGCAACUCACCUAAGAGUAAGAAAGUUGCAGUUACUCAGGAUCCUGAAGAGCUGGGCAGCCACAGGACAUCCCCUCGCGAUUCACAUCAAGUUUGCAACCCUGCCAAAGGCUUACUCACUGGCAAGUAAAUGAGAUGUGAAGUUUGGAUAUUUUCAUCUUGGGGCAAGAGGGCAUGUCUGUGUGUGAAUGAAAUGGAAAAGAAACCUUUGUAUUUUAGUGAGCAAGUAGUUUGAAAGAGGGAAGUCAUCAGUGCUAAUAAAUACCACGGUGUUUUUCUAGCCCAAACCUGAUGAGAUGGUAGAACCACUGGUGGCAAUUUUUUCUUGAUUGUGUAGAAGGCCUCUGAAGCAGGUUUGUAUGGAC